AUGCUGAAGGACUCCCCGGGGAACCGAUGGACCAUCCGGUCCGUGAUUAGCAUUCUCCAGGCAUAUGGACCGUUUUGUCUGGCGUAUACGAUCUGGGUCCUCGCGGCGAGGUUCUGGCAGCCAUUGAGCUUUGGAAGAGAUAGGUUUCUGAAUAACUAUGUCCUGUGGAGUCUGUGGGCGCCGGAGGCGGUGUUCUACCUGUUCUUCGUGGGGUAUAAUCAAUAUAUCCAGCGCAAAGCGAUUCACCCGCCGAAACGGAGUCCAGAGGAGCGACGGGCGCUGUUCAGCAAGGUUCGGUCGGAGAUCUACGAUCCUGCUGUGUUUCUCAGCGGGUGGUUUCGAGGGUCGCCCGUGGAGGAUAUUGGAAGAGAGGAGCUGAGGAGGUUUACGGAUUGGGCGUUUUGGGAUGGAAGAGCUGGGGAGGUUGGGGAGAAGGGAGAUGCGGAUGAGAUUGAGGAGUACAUUGACAAGAUGGAGAGGAUGAUGCCGAAGGGGUUUUUGGAGGGGCCUGGGAAGGCGAGGAGUUUGAGGUUGACUUUGGAUCCGGUUGAGAUUGAGCCAAGGACGUUGCUUUGGUACUCGCUCAUUAUGCUGGUCGAUACGUUCACCAUCUCACUAUUCUUGAAGAAUGGCUUUGAGUAUCACAGGCGAACUUUGCCACGACUGGCGGCUGUGUUCCCACCUCGACCUGCUGCGUUGCUCACUCGCCACGUCUCGGUGGUGCCUGACUUCUCGUAUGUCUUGCGGCGACAUACUUCCAAGACCCGGCUGCCCAUAGUCUUCAUCCAUGGAAUAGGAGUGGGCCUCCUCACGCAUGUGACGUUCUUGAACGAGCUACAUCGCGCCCUGAACGCUGGCGCCAGCGAAGACGAUCAAGUCGGGAUCGUGGCGAUCGAAGUCCUCCAGAUCUCAUCUCGAAUCACCACCUCAAUCCCUCGCCGCGUCGAGUUCGUCUCUCAAUUAACAAAUAUCAUCAAUCACCAUUUCGGCACCGGUCGAUUCGUUCUCGCCUCCCACUCUUACGGCAGCGUGAUGAGCACGCACGUGAUGAACGACCCGCAUCUCUCACCCCGAAUCUCCGCAACACUCCUCAUCGAUCCCGUGAGCAUCCUCCUGCACAUGCCAGACGUCGCCUACAACUUCACUGUGCGGCCACCGGUCCGCGCGAACGAAUGGCAGUUAUGGUACUUCGCCUCCAAAGACCCCCAGAUCGCCCACACCCUCGGACGAUACUUCUUCUGGAGCGAGAACGUCCUCUGGAGAGACCAAAUCGACCAUCUCAUGGUCAACCACAAUAUGCGGUUAACGGCGAGCUUGGGCAGCGACGACUUGAUUGUCAAAACCAACGCUGUGCGAGCCUACCUCGCCGAAAGGGACCUGCCCGACCCUGUCCUCGUCGAGGACGUAACCGGCCACAAGCAGAUGCAUCUGCGGACUCAUAUGAGCAGAAAUCCGGAGAAGUCGAAGAGGUGGCGGGGCAGUGGGUUGGAGGUGCUUUGGUGGGAUGGGUAUGAUCAUGCGGCGGUGUUUGAUAUACGGCAGGAUCGGGCGAAGUUGGUGGAGGUUUUGGUGGAGUAUGUUAAGGGGACGUAG